UUUUAAGUGUAGAAAGUGCGAGACAGUGCAGAAGAACAGACCGUCGAGCUACGAACACUUCGUCGCGGGACUACGUAUGAUAAUUUUGCGCUAAAUACGGCCGUCGUUAUCUACUAAUUACGAUUUCGAAUAUUUUACAUCGAUUGCGCGUCAGCUGUGCGCAGCGGGGUCGUCGACAAAAUAAGAUCGAUAAGCUUUUGAAGUCGGGGUAUACAAUCUCUUGCUACAAAUGUCACGACUAGCAUAGUAUAAAAAUGAAUAUUAUUCAUUACGCUGUUAAUCACAGGUCGCACAGUAUGGCUGCCAGAAAGCUCGUUUAUCCUGCGGCGGACCGCAAUAAGGAUCCGAUAUUAUCGGUUUUAAAACGGUACAUCCAACGCGGCACCAAUCAGACCCUCCUGGAGAUAUCCUCCGGUUCGGGGCAACACGUAGCGCAUUUCGCACCGCAUUUUCCACACAUCACGUUUUACCCGUCGGAGUACGAGCCGCGACUUCUGGAUAGCAUCGCCGCGUACACGAAUGGAUACUCGAAUAUAAAAAGCCCCAUGAGAAUUGACAUCACCACGGACUUCCGGCUGUGGGGUAACGGUAUCUUCAAGCCGAACAGUCUAGAGUACAUAUAUAAUGCAAACUUGAUGCAUAUUUCGCCGUACCAGUGCACCAUUGGUUUAUUUAACAAUGCGAGCCAGUUGCUGAAGCCGAACGGGCUAUUAAUCACGUACGGCGCGUACGCUUUCGAUGGCCAGAUCACUCCGCAGAGUAACGUGAACUUCAACGAGUCCUUAAAAUCGCAGGAUCCAAGUUGGGGUCUGCGAGAUGUAACAGACUUGAAAAAGUUAGCUGAAGAGAACGGCAUUGAAUUAAUAGAAAUCAUAGAUAUGCCCGCUAAUAACAAAACGAUCAUUUGGAAGAAAUAUAUGCAUUCAUAAGAGAGACUGAAACUGGUGGGUCAUUUAUCUGAACUUGAACUUAACGUCUACUUUUAUUCAACUAAAUCGAAAUAUUACUUCUCUGGCCGCGCGAGGGAUCACUAAAGCUUUUUAAUGCUUUCACAGUAUUAUAUACAUGUAUACUGUUAACAAAAAUAUUUUAUACGUAGAUAUUAUAUACAUAUUAUAGCUUAC